AUGAUCCCCACCAUCAGGAGCCAACUUCGUCGUAUCCAGAGCUUCCUCAAGCUGGACAUCUCCCGUGGCUAUGUCGAUGGUGGAGGUCGCAAGAAACGGGUCGGUGGCAAAGAUCUUACACGCACUGGGGUUUAUCCGGGGAGAAUGGCUUUGAAGGUUGCUGCACUUGUGUCGAAACACCUACGACAUGCGCCAGCAACGCAUACCAACGAUGAGAUGGAUAUGGAACUGACGGACACCGUGGGCGAUGAUGAUUCUGACUCUGGCCUCGAGGACCUCGUAGGUGCCCAAUCAGCAGCCGUGUCAGCAUAG